CUCAGGCGGGCGGGACGGCGCCCCCUGCGGCCGGGCCUGGCCGGGCUGCGUUAGGCUGGGCUCGGGCAGGGUCGCAGGGUCGCAGGGGCGGGGGUGGCAAGGGAGCGGGUGGCAACCCCGCGGGUCGCAGCGCCGCCGCCGCCCAUGCUGCUGCCCCUGGCUUGCCUGCAUGGCCGCGUCGCUCAGUGCCUGACCUCCCUGCUUUUGCUUGCAGAGCCGCUCCCAAGGCCCCGGCGCGGUGCGAGGGCGCGGGGCGCGGCGUCCACAGGCGCCGAGGCCGCCCCCGCCGCCCCGCCCGCGAAGAUGGCGGCGGAGCUCUACGCCCCCGCCAGCGCCGCGGCCGCGGACCUCGCCAACAGCAACGCCGGUGCCGCCGUGGGCAGGAAGGCCGGGCCGCGCAGCCCGCCCAGCGCCCCCGCGCCCGCGCCACCGCCGCCCGCGCCCGCGCCCCCCACACUCGACAACCACCACCCGGAAAGCCCCGGCUGGCGGUGCUGCCGCCCCACGCUGCGCGAGAGGAACGCGCUCAUGUUUAACAACGAGCUCAUGGCCGACGUGCACUUCGUCGUGGGGCCCCCGGGGGCGACCAGGACGGUGCCCGCCCACAAGGUGGGUAGCGGCGACCCCUCUCGGAAGGCGUGCCCCGCCUGCCGUGUGGCUGCCCGCAGGCCGCGGGACAGCCAGGCUCACGGCGGCGCUUUCUCCUCCCAGUACGUCCUGGCUGUCGGCAGCUCCGUCUUCUAUGCCAUGUUCUACGGGGACCUGGCGGAAGUCAAAUCUGAAAUUCACAUUCCAGACGUGGAGCCCGCAGCCUUUCUGAUCCUGUUAAAGUACAUGUACAGUGAUGAGAUCGAUCUGGAAGCUGACACGGUGCUGGCCACUCUCUACGCUGCUAAGAAGUACAUCGUCCCAGCAUUGGCAAAAGCUUGUGUCAACUUUCUGGAGACAAGUUUGGAAGCCAAGAACGCCUGUGUCUUGCUGUCCCAGAGCCGGCUGUUUGAGGAGCCUGAGCUGACGCAGCGCUGCUGGGAGGUCAUCGAUGCACAGGCCGAGAUGGCCCUACGGUCCGAAGGCUUCUGUGAGAUAGACCGGCAGACGCUGGAGAUCAUUGUCACUCGGGAGGCCCUCAACACCAAGGAGGCAGUGGUCUUCGAGGCCGUCCUGAACUGGGCCGAGGCAGAGUGCAAGAGGCAGGGGCUGUCAGUCACCCCACGAAACAAGAGGCAUGUUUUGGGGCGAGCCCUCUAUCUGGUCCGAAUUCCAACCAUGACCCUAGAGGAGUUUGCCAAUGGCGCUGCCCAGUCAGACAUCCUGACUCUGGAGGAGACCCACAGCAUCUUCCUGUGGUACACGGCCACCAACAAGCCCCGCCUGGACUUCCCCCUGACCAAGAGGAAGGGCCUCGCCCCGCAGAGGUGCCACCGAUUCCAGUCUUCUGCCUACCGCAGCAACCAGUGGCGGUACCGCGGGCGCUGCGACAGCAUCCAGUUUGCAGUAGACAGAAGGGUAUUUAUUGCAGGGCUGGGCCUGUAUGGGUCCAGCUCUGGGAAGGCUGAGUACAGCGUGAAGAUUGAGCUCAAGCGGCUCGGGGUGGUUCUGGCUCAGAACCUGACCAAGUUCAUGUCAGACGGAUCCAGUAACACCUUCCCGGUCUGGUUUGAACACCCGGUCCAGGUUGAACAAGACACCUUCUACACGGCCAGUGCCGUCCUGGAUGGCAGCGAACUCAGCUACUUUGGGCAGGAGGGGAUGACGGAAGUGCAGUGCGGAAAGGUGGCCUUCCAGUUCCAGUGCUCCUCGGACAGCACCAACGGGACUGGGGUCCAGGGUGGGCAGAUCCCUGAGCUCAUCUUCUACGCCUGAGGUGCCCGAGGAGGCUGCAGUAGAUCGGCAAGUGAGCGGAGCGGAAGUCAAUGUACUAACUGCUCUUAGCCUUGUCUCUCUCUGACAUGUAGUCAGCUGAAACUUGACUGUGUAAAGUAGAGGCCUUUUCCACACAGCCAGAGCCCGGGGAUUGGAGUCAUAGGCAUCUCUGGUACACUGGGGUGCACGUCUCAGGUGGAGGAAGAUUUAGGGCACAAGGCAGGCCCCAGAUCCCCUCCCAGUGGCACCCACGCCACCUGCUUUGAGGGGUUGGAUGUUCCUGCCACCUCUUGGAUUCUAAGUGGUUCCAAGCUUAACUUGAGACCUUCCCUUCAAAUCUAAAAUCGGCAAAAAGUCACUUAAAAUAGUGGACUUCUGUAAUAAAGGUUGCCUAAAAUAACA